AUGCCUCGCUAUACACACGGGGGCUACACCUACCCCGACCCUGUGCCCCAAAGUGUAUUAGGACGUCGUAUCCCUUCCCCUAGUCUCCUCGCCCCUCCCGCCCCCUCCGGUACUUGGGUACAAGAGUGGAAUUCACGUCUCAACCAACUCGUUCCCGCGCUUCUUCCACCACCUUCGCCCCCACCAGUAUACACUCUUGACGACGAAGAAGUGCUCCAACCAGUCCCACCGCCCACAAACCACACCAUCUCUCCCCCAGUUUACGACAUUUCCGACAGUUCAGUGUCUUCGCAUCGUGAUUCCUCUCGUGAUAGUGAUUCUACAUACUUUUCUUCGGCCCCAGCAUCUCCCACUCCGUCAGAAGAGGACAUCUCCUUUAUUGGAGCUUUUCAUCGCGCCUCACCCCCAACCGUUGACAUUACCACCCCACCUUUUUCUCCCCUAGGGAACCUCGAAUUUAGUGACAUUUCUUCUUCAUCUCUUAGUGACUCCGUGUUGGCCACCUCCACAAGUGAUUCGUUUAGUACAGACUCAUCUAGCAAUUCGUCCCAUUCGAACUCGUCCAACGAAAUCACCUUCCUUGGCUACUUCGCACGAAGUACCCCAACCGGUAGCAACACUCCGAACACUUCCUGUCCGCUCCCUUGCCUCCUCCCAGGAGACAGUGAAUGUAGUGCGGCCCAACAAAGGGAUGCAGCUACCCCCUCACUUAGACUCACCUUCUCCCAAACCCUCAUGCCUCAAUACCGCCCUCACCGUCCGGUAGAGGAAAACGCCCGUCGCCUUUACAAGGCCUUAACCACCCGGGGCCGCCCACAAGAUCAGACCAUCGUCGACUUCAUCCAAGCCAAACACAGUUCUUACAAGAAUCUUAUCAUGCUGAUUCCGUACGACGAGCCCACAGUGGUGCGCCGUGUCCUUGCAUUUAGCGCAGCAUGGUCCUCAUCUCUCCCCUCAGCCACGUUUAUCAACUCCAUCAAGAUGUCCUCCCCUAAACCCCUGAAGGCCAUUCUCUUUAAAGAAGAAUUAAUCCACCUCAAUAACCACGAGGGCCACGAAUUGAGGAAGGCCUUAAUCCACAACACCCCUCCCCUUCUUACAACACCUUCCCUCUCGUCCCACCGGACCUUCGCCAGUUUGUACAGGGGAUUGGAUGACAUCAAGCUGAAAAUCCAAGCAUUUGAGGCGACCACCGUCUUCAACGCCCUUCUCCUCAGCCCCAACGAAGACUUCUUCGACAAGUUCCAACAUCACCUAUCCUUUUCCUCCCUAUACAAGCAUAUGCGCGACACGGAAUUCCGAAAAAAUAAACCAACUCGCCCUUCAUCUCCGCCACAGGAUUCUUGGCCUAACCUUCCAUAUUCGCCCAGUUCGUCCCCUUCUCAUACACCGGGAUCUAAAACGCCGACUUAUGCACCUCCUUUAUCCCCGUGGAGUCCAAGCCCGCCACCCAACUCCCCUAGAACGCCAUCUCCCUCUCCCUUUGACCCCCGGCAAUUAAGACGUCGACAACCUCCACCCUCUAACGGUGGAGCAAGUUCUGACACCACCGGCAGCCCCGACCCUGCCAACCCCACAUUUCCACCUACCUCAUCCACCGGGGAGCCCACACCUCCGUCCAAUCACCCCAACACUACAGUGCCUCCGCCCACCUCUUUUGACCUGCAAUACUCUCGACGCCCAUUUCACGAUGUCACUCCCUUACGGGAUCCCCGGCAGACACCCCUCAUACUCCUGACCAAGCUCAAGAUCCAAGAAACAACCAGGCUCAGGAUCCAGGAAACACCCCACCUGCCACUCCCAACCCUCCUCGGACUUCCACCAACGACCUUUCAACAUCUUCAACCCUACCAGGGGAUCAAGUGGAAAAACUCCCCUUGA